AUGGAACACCGCGUCGGCGCCGUCGUGACGAGGCUCUGUCUGACACACCGCUGGUCAGCCGGUUGGUGGUGGAACGUCACAUCGGCAUCGUCUAGACGAGGCUCCGCCUGGUACGCCGUUGAUCAGCCGGUGGGAUGGAUCUCCGAAUUGGCACCGUCGACACGCGCCCAUCUGGUGCAACGUAGGAGACCGCAGGCUUGCGGCAAUGCCGUAAGCCAUUGGCAAAUUCGAGUCGUUCUUCCACUGCCAAAAAAACUCGUGGCCCACAGUGGAGUUCGGCCGCGCCGGCACAUCAAGCAGCCCCUAUUCAGGGGUCAGGGCACUGCUUCCUUCGGGGAUGCAGAGUACUGUUUCAGGCUGCCGUCUCACACAUCGCCAACCCCUACAAAGCAACCGCAACCACCCCCACCUGCCCUCACUGCGACCGCACCUUCAACUCACACAACGGCCUGGUCGGUCACUUGCGAAUCCAUCGCACAGAGUCUGGCGAACCAGUGCCUGGAGCACCAACCUACACUCACCGCACUCGCCUCCACUGCCCACACUGCCCUCGCACCUUCACGCAUCGCAUGGGUCUAUUCGGCCACAUGCGCAUCCACGAGAGCGGAAUUGACCACAAUUCCGAUACAGCCACGACAUCCAACACAUCCACCACGCCCAGACCCAACCUCGCCCCACCGUCACACGCGCCGACCACCACCACCGCCACCACCAACACCACUGCUUCCUCUACAGCUGACACCGACACCGCCGACCUCUCAUGCCCACAUUGUCCACGCACCUUCACCUCACGCAUCGGCCUGGUCGGUCACUUGCGAAUCCAUCGCACAGAGACUGGCGAACCAGUGCCUGGAGCACCAACCUACACCCACCGCACUCGCCUCCGCUGCCCAAACGGCCCUCGCACCUUCACGAAUCGCAUGGGUCUAUUCGGCCACAUGCGCAUCCACAACAACCUGCGGUAGACAACCGCAGGUCACACCACACAUUCCCUCACUCCCUACCUCCUAACAUCAUCACCCCACUAGACGUCAACCCUCACACACCUCAUGCACUCAACUGCCGCCUCCCACGCAAGUGGGAAGUGUGCAUCUCGACUCGGUCCCCAUGCGGCCUCGGCUGCACGAGUGACUUGAGUCCGAGACUAUCCCGACACGUCAAGUGUCGUGGAAAGGAAAGUUGCUGAUUGACGCCCGUUCUCGGUUCACGCAGUUCGUCACGUUGUGUGUGUGUGUUGUGUGGAGUGGCGGACUGGUGGGCUGGGGACGGGCUGGAGCAGCACCUUCCACGGCCCUCUCACGCAUGUGAGAGACACGCCGUUCAACCCCCGUUGUGUGAAAUCCUGGUGUUUGUGUGUGUAUGGGGGGCCAGGUCGUGCUGUGGCGCGCGCAGGCAUGGUCAGUCGACCAUGUCAGCCACCGCGCCCAUUCCCCACUCCAGUCUACUGACCGGCUCGGACAGUGGCUGGGGUGUGGUAAUGGGAAGGGAGAGUGAGGUCGACGACUCAGCGCAUUUUCCUCACUAUAAUCAAUCUGACGCGCUUGAAGCUAUCACGGUGCGCUAAAAGCCGUGGCUUGGAAGGUUGCCAACUGACGGGGUACCUUGGACCUCCUCCUUCACUGGAGGCGGUCUGAGAGUCAGGCUGCAAUGGCUCCUUUUUAAUGUGGCCUUUAUGGCACUCCUACCACAGUGUGGGAUCCGAGCCAGGCGUUGGCGGCACGCCUAGGUGCGGCUUCGGCCGUGCCAGCCGUGUUGUGUUGGUUGAAAUCCUGGUUAUUGUUGUGUGGACCAGGGGGUGUGGUGGAACGCCAAGGUGAGGAUCCGUCCCAGCCAUCCACCUGCGGCCUCCCUCGUCUCCGGUCUUCUUGACUCUGUCUUGACACCGGGUCCAGGCGGGGGAGGAGGAGAGAGUGUAGGUAGAUGCUACGCAAGUCUACUGGCACUAUAAACCCCUGCGUAAGUCACCGUCCCUGCUCCCACCGCUGCUGCAGCUGUUGGGCACACGGUGGACAUCGUCGAAAUCGAUGGUCAAACUAUCAUGUGUGUGUGUGUGUGUGUGUGUGUGUGUGUGUUGUGUAACAAAGUGGUCAGUGGAAGUUAUUGACCAGGGGAUUUGAUGGUGCGCCUGGGUGUGAACUUUCGCCUUGCUAGCCACAUGCAUUCCGGUCAUGGCCGACCCAAGUUGUGGAGGAGGAGGAGAAGGAGAAGGAGGAGGGAGUGCGAUAGAUGCCGCGCAAGUCUGCUUUAAGUAUAAACUAAUUCACGCGCAAGUCAGCGUCCCUCCUGUGAAGCACACAGUAGACAUCAUCGGCAACGACGAUCGAGCUGUCAUUUGCGCGUGUCGGAGAGGAAGGGGUAAGUGAAAUCGACUUUCUCAGCACAUAUUCCUCACCAUCAGCAAUCUGAUGCGUUUUAAAUUGUUAGGGUGCCCAAAAAGCUGCAACUUUAAAGACUGCCAGUUGACAGGAUACCUGAACUCUCCCCACACGACGGAGAGUAAGGUUGCAAUGGCUACCUGCCAAUGUGGCCUUUAUGGCACUCACACUCAGUUUGAAUGUAAAUCAUCCUUCUUUUAAUGCCUUGCGGCAUCCUGGUUUUUCGCGUAGACCAGGGGAUGUGGUGGCACGCCUAGGCGCGGCUUCAUGUCCUGCUAGCCACUUGAGUCCUUUUCUCUCCCCCGUCUUCUGGACUCUGUCUUGAUACCGGGUUUAGUAUUGUAAGAAUGAGCGGGUGCGCAAGUGUCCUAUGGAAGUCUGCGAUUCCUUGUUCUCCGCCGCUUUAUCGCGCUGCCCUUCUGUCCGCCUCACUCCCCGCUGUCGAUUCACUGCUGGGUUCACGCGAGGCGUUUUAAUAGCCUCCCAAGUGCUCGCGGCCAAUCAACGCUGUCCCUUCUCUGUUUGGCUGGCGGAGUUGGGGGACAAGAGCCUUGAGGGCUGACGCAGACGAUGCAACUGGCCUGGGGAGACCGUUCGCGGCGACUGCUUGCAGAACCUUUGUUGUCCAACCCAAUCCGUCUUCCCUAACUUCGGAUUCGGAACUCUCUGUGUUGUCGACCGAUACACCAUCUCUCGACAAUUGGAGACUCCUUGAGAACAGCAACCUUCCGUCUGCCUAAUCUACGGUUUUUUUCGGGCUUUGACAAUGAGUAAUUUUCCACCGGAAGUGCGGCUUAUUUUGGCACCCACUUCUGACAUUCUUUCUGUCCCACAGUUGACCGAACGGCUCAUGGAGAUGGGCGGUUUUCCCAAGUCUUCACCUUCCGCUCUUUAAACUUCCUCAAUUGCGCCUGCGUCUCCUCCUUCGGGCCUGAAGUUCGAGCUUUCAAAGAUCGUUCAAGAUAUCGCUUCUCUUCAAGAACUGUCAGUCUCCUUAUCAUCUCGGAGCCCACCGAGGUCAUCUACCCCCGGCAUGUCCAGCCUACACAUUCAGCUCGCUCCAAAACAGCCACCACCCGUAGCUGCAUCUAUCCUUACUCCUUCAUCUCCCAGCAGAGCAAACGGAUAAGCUCGAAGGUUAGUGCAGCCAAUCUUCCUGGCAGAUCUAGCGCUGGUCGUACCAUCUGCGUCAGUAACAACCGGAGUGGCGGGGGUUUCUUGGUAAACACCGCUGAGCAGCUGAAUGUCAUUCCUCCCUGGCAUGCCGUUUGGACUCCGCAACACCCCUCAGGCCUUCCAAAGGUUCGCAGACAGAGUACUCCUUGGUCUAUCCCUUGUCUACGCCGAUAUCGAUGACCUACUGGUAGAUAGCUCUACCGUCGAAGAACACAUGGAGCAUCUUACAGCGGUGUUUGACCGCCUUUAACGAUUCGGCGUUUUUCUCAACCCGUCCAAGUGUGUCUUCGAUGCGGCCUCCCCAGAAAUUCUCGAGCACCUGGUUGAUCCCAGCGGCAUCCAUUCUCUUCCAUCGAAGUUUGCAGCCAUCCGUGAUUUCCCACCUUCAUCUUCCAAACGUCAGCUACAGCGAUUUCUGGACAUGGUGGAUUUCUACAGCCGGUUCCACCUGAAUUGUGCCAAAACCAUCCUGCUGUUCACGAUCCUCCUCUCGGGUCUCAAAGGUUGAUUCGAGCUUUCUGCAGACGCCCUCGUUGACAGUUAAGGACCACAUACGAGGAUCCGACCAAAGACUAUUAGACAUGGCAUUUGAUAAAAUUUAUGUUUCAACUUGUACGAACUGUGACACGGAUGCGUGAAGGCCUGAGAGCUAGUUGCCUGAACCUACUGUUUACCAAGAGCGAGGAAAGUGUUGAUGAAAUAAAUGUGUGUCGCCCCUAGGAUCUUGUGAUCACGUGACGCUAAUGUGGGAAUCAACACUCGUAGCUGUCCCCGAACGAAGCUCAGUCGUGAAGAAAUGUCUGGCGAAGUAAAUUUGAGGCAAUGGAAUCAGAGAUUGGACACACACUAUGAACAGAAGCAUUACGAGGAGAUGUCAACGAAUGCUGGACAACCUUCGCAUUAACUAUGAGAGACCUGAUUGAACGAUACCGUCCUCUCAAGAAACAUCCGACCGGAAACAAACCGAAAUGGUGGACAGCAUCGAAAACAUCCGAAAACAGCGCAAGUUGUGGAAAGUCUCCUUACAAACGGGGAGCCCAGAAAAAAUUCAAAACUUUAGGCAACAAUGAAUCUUAUGCAAAUGGCUCCUCCACAAAGUACGUGCUUUUUAUGAACUGAAACUCCUAGAAGAGGUAUAGAAAAAACCUGAAGCAUUUCAUGCCUACAUCAGGAGUAAUACGAGAAACCGAGACCAUCUUGCAACCUUAAAGGACAAAAAUAACCAAAUAGUGAGCGAUGACUUUAGAAAAGCCGAGUUUUUUUAGGAUUUUUCUGAAUCAUCCCCAGUCCUGUUCUCUGCCGCAGUUCGCCAACCAACCACUUAUAAACACAGUAUUAUUUACACGACAUCUAGUUUGGCCAAGUUAAAAAAUCUGGAUCCGGCCAAGUCGCCUGGACCAGACGAGAUCUAAAGGGUACUCCUACGUCAAAUAGCUGAAGUAGCAGCAGAACUACUCUGUAUAAUCUUCCAAAAAUCGCGGGAAGCUGGCAAACUUCCUGACACAUGGAAGAUGGCAAACGUCGUACCCAUCCACAAGGGAGGAUCACGGUCAUAUCCCACCAAAUAGCGGCCGAUUAGUUUGACAUGCAGUUGCUGCAAACUGAUGGAAAAUAUAGAUAAAAAUUUAAUUAAAUCGCUCGAUGCAUUCCGCUGUCACAUCAGUUCAGUUCGGCACGGCUUCUGUGAAAGGAGGUUCUGCCUCAUAAACCUGCUUACGUCGCUCGAACAUUGGUCGAUGGCCAUGGAUAAAGGGCAUCCAGUAGACGUCUUAUAUUUUGAUUUCAGCAAGGCGUUUGAUUGCGUUCCUAAUAAGCGCCUCGUUUAAAUUUUGUCAGGCGUAAGAAUGAAAGGCAAUCUUCGGAAAUGGAUUCAAGGUUUCUUAAACGGUCGUAGACAAAAAGUCACUACUGCUCAGAAUGGAUACCUGUUAAAAGUGGAGUCACAUACGAGUCAGUUCUUUGGUCGCUCCUAUUCAUUAUAUAUGUAAGUGAUCUAGUACGGAAAGUGAAAUCGGACCUAGCCUUCUUUGCAGACGAUCGUAAAUUUUGGAGGGUGAUAAAAGAUGAAAAAGACGCCAUGAUACUGCAAGAGGACGUAAAGAAUUUGCGGGCAUGGAGCAAGGAAUGAUGCAUGAAAUUCAACGUCAAAAAUACGCGGUAAUGCACGUAAUAUCAGCAAGGCGAAGAAAAAAUGCACCCACACGACAGUAUCCUCUUGCCAAUCAACCACUUAAAACCGUAGAUGUGCAAAAAGAUCCCGCUGUAUUCAUUAAAGACGAUCUAAGCGUCACCACGCAGUGUUCGAAAGUCGCAGCGCGGCAACGCCAGUCAUGAGCGCGAUACGCAGAACGUUUAUUAACUUGAAUGCAGAUUCCAUUGGCAAGGUAUAUGGGGCAUUUGUGCGGCCGCACCUGGAAUAAGCGGUACAGGCUUGGCGACCGUGGCUUCGGAAGGAUAUAGAUAUUCUUGAAGGUGUACAGGGACGUGCUGCAAAGGCUGUUCAUGAACUCAAAAAUCUUGCGUACGAGCAGCGACUGACGGCCUUACACCUCUUUCCCCUCCACUACAGGCAGGACAGAGGUGACCUCAUGGCAGCGUCUCAGUUGCUAAGAGGACUUGAUCUGGAUGUCGAUUGGAAAACUAUUUUUGAAAUGGCACCAGAGUCUUAUCUCAGAUGACACGAUUACCAAAUUAAAAAGGAACUGUGCCACACAAAUCAACUUUCCACCUUUUCUGCGAAAAUUCCCAUAUUACAAUUGAAGAGUCAAUUGGCAAACGUAUGUUUUCAGUAAUUCAUCAUCAGACCAGUACAUUUACAUGGGAAAUGAUCAGUCUAAUUGUCGAUAGGUUAUAAAUGCGUCUUGGAAGCAGGGUUUCCUCCUUUUCCUCGCAGAGGAUCAUUCGCCAAUGGAAUUCUUUGCCGGUGUAUGUUGUUAAUUCCUCUACCGUGCGUGUGUUCAAGAGACGUCUGGAUAAUUAUCUGUUGAAAGGCAACCCGAACUCCCCCAGCCCAUCUAGUGGGUUACUGAGAUGACUAUUACCAUACUACUAACUUGAAUUCAACAGAUCCUUUUGGGUGCAUUAACAUUGACCCAUAUGAAAAUUUCUACAAUGCGAAUUCAAUGACCUAUUUUUUCACCGUUAUUUCGCAAAUGCCAUACCCUUUCGCAUUUAUGUUCCGUUAUUAUAUUUAUGUAUUCUGCACACUAAAACUGCAUACAAAAGUUUUUUUAAUUUACAUAUCGUCUUUCACACCUGUACCGUUUAAAUGGAGUUUUCUGGGCUUCCGCCAUUUACUCCUAGUAUACUGACUGAUACUGACUGAAUGACUGACUGGCCGACGCCACCCUAAUAACGCAGUUUUAUUCCUGUACUCCCACUUCCCUCAUAGUUGACGCCUCCAAUGUCGCAAUAGACGCGGUUCUCCAACAGCACCUUGCAGGUAACACCCAACCCUCAGCUUUCUACUCCAAGAAGUUAUCAUCUGCCGGCACGCGCUACAGCACAUUUGGACGGGUGCUCCUUGCUGUCUUCCCCACCGCGAAACACUUCCCGCACUUCCUUGAGGGCAGGAACUUCACUGUCUUCUCGGAUCACAUGCCCCCUUCCUUCGUUCUCAAGUCCACUUCCGACAAGCUCAAAACCCGAGAAAUUCAUCAACUGGCCUACAUCUCGCAGUUCGCUUUAGACAUCCGCCACAUCGACGGGUCACACAAUGAGAUGGCUGACGUAAUGUCCAGGCCCUCCAUCGCACAUCUCCAACUUUUUCCCGAGAUCGACCUAGCUGAGAUUGCUGCCGAACAACGCCAUGUUCGUUCUCCGUGUGACGAGGACGCUUCUGGACUCCAACUCCAGGACCUGCCACUGACUACUGGCAACAGCAUCACUUUAUGCGACGUCUUCACCACCUCCCCCGUCCCUUUGUGCCGCCAGCCCUUCGUCGCAAGGUCGUCCCCUCCCUGCACGACCUAUCGCACCGUGGGAGUUGAGCUACCGACAAGCUGCUUUCCGACCGUUUCGUCUGGCCUGGGAUGCACAAAGAUUUCAAAGCAUGGACAUGGGCGUGUCUCAGCUGUCAGCAGAAUAAGCUUCAUGGGUACAACAAAGCUCGCAUCGGCACCUUCUCCAUUCCGGAUGCACGAUUCAGUCAUGUCCACCUGGACAUCGUAG